UCUUUUCUUUUAUUCUUGUUUCUUCUGCCUCACUUGGGAGUUCUACCAACCCUCAUCAAAGCACUCUAGAAGAAAAUGGCCAGAAGUGAAGUCAUGGUGUUAGGCUUUUUCUUCAUGGCUGUCCUGAUGAAUCCUCAGGAAUCAUGGGCAAUCAAAGAGGAACAUUCGAUCAUCCAGGCGGAAUUCUAUCUGUCUCCUGACCAAUCAGGAGAAUUUAUGUUUGACUUUGAUGGCGAUGAGAUUUUCCAUGUGGAUGUGGACAAGAAGGAGACCAUCUGGCGGCUUAAAGAAUUUGGACAAUUUGCCAGCUUUGAGGCUCAGGGUGCAUUGGCCAAUAUAGCUGUGGACAAAGCCAACCUAGACAUCAUGAUCAAGCGCUCCAACCACACUCCGGACUCCAAUGUGCCUCCAGAAGUGACAGUACUCUCCAGUGGCCCUGUGGAACUGGGAGAGCCUAAUGUCCUCAUUUGUUUCAUCGACAAGUUCUCCCCUCCAGUGGUCAAUGUCAGAUGGCUUAAAAAUGGAGAACCUGUCACCACAGGAGUGUCAGAGACAGUCUUCCUACCCAGGAAAGACCAGCUUUUCCGCAAGUUCCACUAUCUCCUCUUCUUGCCUUCCAAUGAAGAUUUCUAUGACUGCGAGGUGGAUCACUUGGGUUUGGACAGACCUCUUCUCAAGCACUGGGAGUUUGAAGAGCAAACUCCACUCCCAGAAACUAAAGAAAAUGUGGUGUGUGCCCUGGGCCUGGCUGUGGGUCUAGUGGGCAUUGUUGUGGGGACCAUCUUCAUCAUCAAGGGCACGCGCAAAAACCCUACAGCUGAACGCCGAGGGCCCCUGUGAGACAAGCGGAGGUGAUGGCCUUUCUUAGAAGAUCAGUGAAGACAUUUCUACUUUGCUAUCUUUCCAAACCUGAUGAUACCAACGUUCAUCUUUGUGAAUAUAACCAUCUUCAGUAUUUUCCAGCCCCAAACUUUGAGACUGGUGGUGGCCUUCCUCCACCUCUCUAUACUCUAACAGCCUGCAGAGCUUCUUUGUCUACUAUCCCUUUCCUCUAUUUCCCAUUGUUUUACUAGCACAAUGCAUUUCCUCUGGAAUAAAUCACAUAGAAUUCCAUCUCUGCAAUGGAACAUUCUGAACAUUGUAUAGAGUUAUCAUCCUGUGUACUUAUUGCUUAGGGUUUCUCCAAAAAGUUUUUUUUAAAAAAAACAUACAAUAAACUAUUUUGAAUGAU